AAAAUUUAUUUAAACUGCAUCUCUUAAACGGACAGUCAAAUUCAAAACCGUUUGAGCUUAAUUCUUACUUCGUAAGGAAAAGCUGUUGCUGAUUUUUCCAGUCAAAAAGUUUCGUCAAUUGGUUGAUAGCUUUUAGGUGCCAUUCAAUCAUUUUUACCCUUUUUAUCGUUUCUACUCUUAUAGACUUGGUAUUUGAGUUACAUUUUUUGAGCGUGUAGGUUUGUUGAAAAUGUCAAAAAAGUAAACAUUGUAAUUCGUGCUCAAAUUUUAUUGUUGCAGUAUUUAUUUAGCUAGCAGAAUAUUAGUUUUCUUGGUCAACGUACAACAAUUAUUGUCCGUUUACGAAUAAGUACCAAAAACCUUCAUGAAAUGGAUGAAUUCGAUGAAGCUCCAUCAGAGCCUGCUGCAGUCGAUUUGGAUACGAAAUGUUUAAUCAAAGUCGAAACGCCAGAACUAAGCUAUUCCAGCCUGAGUGAACGAACUAAAACGUCUGGUACGAAACGCCCUCAAAAACGCUACAAAAGACGGCCGGCCAAUUGCGACAUUUGUGGGAAACAAUUUGCGGCGGGAUUCAUUCUGACUACGCACCUACGCACACAUACCGAUGAGAGGCCUUACAAAUGUGACGAAUGCGGCCAAGCGUUCCGCCAACAGCACCAUCUGUUCCGGCAUAGGCUCUGCCACAGUAAAAUCGAAAACCGACCGACUUUCGAGUGCAGAGUGUGCGAGAAAAGUUACUCAAGUAAAGGUUAUCUUACAGUUCAUAUGCGUAUGCAUACCGGCGAUCAGCGGUGUCAAACGUGUAAAGUCUGUGGAAAGGUUUGUAGAACUAGGCAAUUCCUCGAGGAUCACACGAAGAUACACCGUGGUGAGGAACCCUUCAAGUGCGAAACCUGUGGCAAAAAUUUUGCUGAACCGAGCUCUUUGAAGGCACACCAAAAGCGGCACACAGGCGUAGAUUUGUCCACGUGUAAAAUCUGUGGUAAAGAAUUUACCAUGAAAUCCCAUUUACGACAACAUAUGACAAGGCAUACAAGUGAACGGAAGCACGAAUGCAACUUUUGUGGAAGAGGCUUCAUUUCUAGGUCGGAAAUGAUGGACCACAUUCGCAUUCAUACCGGUGAAUUGCCAUAUAAAUGCACGAUUUGUGAUAAGUCGUUCUCACAUCAAAACUCGCUCAAAAGACAUAUGGAAGUUCACGAAAAUCCCUAUAAGUGUGACAGAUGUGAUCUACAGUUCCUAGAUUUCGCAUUAUUUAGAAGCCAUCGCUCUACGCAUCCUCAAGAAGUUCGAAGGCCAAAAAGUGCAGCUAAAAGUACAGAAAAGCGUUUUAAAUGUGUAGUCUGUGGGUAUCCAUUCGGUACCAGUAAGGGGCUUGAGAAGCACAUGUUGAUACACAGUGACAAAAACCCUCACGUAUGCGAUAUUUGCGGCAAAACUUACAGUACGAAUGCCACUUUGCAGAUACAUCGGCGAGGCAUUCACGGUCUAAAUCAGCCUCACCAGUGUCGGCAGUGUGACGAAGCCUUCAAUACCUGCAUAGAACUGCGAGAGCAUAGCUUCUCCCAUCGCAAGCGUUAUUUCCAGUGCGAGUUUUGCGAUAAUAAGUACUCCUACAGCCACGGUCUGAGACUUCACUUGCGAAAGGUUCAUCCAGAUAGGGCUCCAAACAAAGAAACUGACGAGGAAAGUGAAGGUGAACUAUCUUCAACUACGACGACCUCAGAAUCGGAAUAACACACGAAACUUUUUGGACAUGAUAGUUGUCACAGAAGAGGAUAAGAAAUGUCUUGACACUUAUAUCAGAAACCGACCUCCACACUCCCUGCAAGUUAUAAACACAUACUGUGGAAAAGUCUACAGAAAAAGUUCAGAACAUCAACGCAGAAGACGUCGAAAUAACUGCCCAAAAUAACUUAUAAACAGGAAACAUACAGCUUGAACGUAUAUAUGAUCUGUAAGACGAACAUCCGUAUAAACAUAUUUUAGAACUUACUGAACUAGUAGGUAUACUCUAGAUCCUAGAUAGCUGAGGAUUUUUUACAAUAAAAAACACCCUAUGACUAACGA